CUAUGGCACAGAAGGCGACGCCGACGAAAACACACUCAGCUGCCACAAGAACGUGGAACUGCUGGAGGGGUACUGGACCCGAAUGCUCAGGACGCAUGGCUACGAACUAGCGUCGAUCCCACAAAAAUCGUACCACCAGGGACUGCCGCCCUUUAUGCGCAACAAACUAGUUGACCACGAG